AUGAACGAGGCGUAUGUAAUUGUAUGCAUAGCUGCGUUAUGCAGCACCAUUGCUGUACUGUCAUGUAUCAUUUUCCUUCCUUCUAUGUAUACUGCAGUGAAUGAACUCCACACCAAGGUCAUUGAUGGCGUGCAAGUAUUUCGGGUUGAAACUGACUCUGCUUGGUCUAAAAUGAUGGAAAUUCAAGUCAGAGUACUUCCUGGAGGGAAGCCUAUAAACAAUCCUUUCCAAUCAUUUAUACGACACAAACGUUCCGCUUCAUUACCAGCUCACUGCAUUUGUGAACCUCGACGAGUAUGUCCUCCUGGACCUAUAGGACCACGCGGAGAUCCAGGACCGGACGGACCACCUGGCCCACCUGGACCACCUGGCUUAGACAACCAUGACAUUCCAAAAUCUAUCGACUGUACUGUUGACACACGUACUUGUGUCAAAUGUCCUCCAGGUCCACCAGGACCGCCUGGACCAGAUGGACCUAUGGGACCAGCAGGUCCUGACGGAGCACCGGGUCUAUCGGGACUUCCAGGAAAAGUAGGGCCACCUGGUCCAGAUGGUCCUCCUGGCCCUCGCGGUCCUCCAGGUCCACCAGGACUG